AUGAAUGCUGGACAAGCACAGUACACACCGCUACAUAUUGCAGCAGUUUUGAUUUCUGACGAUAAUGGAAUAUUCUGGCAAGCAAUAAACAAUGUCGGUGGUGAAGAAGCAGCAUUGAAGAAACUCCCUUCCCAACCCCCUCCCCCUGAUCAAGUUACAGCAAGUACUUCUCUAAUCACGACAAUUCGUCGCGCACAAUCUUCACAAAAAUCCCGUGGUGACACCCAUUUGGCCGUGGAUCAAUUGAUUUUGGGCAUUCUUGAAGAUUCACAAAUUUCAGAACUUCUAAAAGACGCCGGAGUUGGUGCAUCGAGAGUGAAAAGAAAGGUAGAAAAGCUCCGAGAUAAAGAAGAGAAGAAGGUGGAAAGUGCUUCAGAUGAUACUAAUUUCGAAGCUCUUUACACAUAUGGUCGUGAUCUUGUAGAUCAAGUUGGGAAGCUUGAACCUGUAAUUGGGAUAGAUGAGGAAAUUAGGAGAGUGAUUAGGAUUUUAUCAAGAAGGACUAAGAACAAUCAUGUUCUUAUUGGUGAACCUGGUGUGGGAAAACCUGGUAUGGGAAAAAUUGUUGUUGUUGAAGGAUUAGCUCAAAGGAUUCUUAGAGGAGAUGUCCCAAGUAAUCUUACUAAUAUGAGAGUUAUAUCAUUGGAUAUGGGAGCUUUAAUCGCUGGAGCUUCAUAUUUUGGGGAGUUUGAGGAGAGACUGAAAGCCGUUUUGAAAGAAGUGGAAAAGGCUGAAGGGAAAGUGACAUUGUUCAUUGAUGAAAUCCAUCUUGUUCUUGGAGCGAGUCGUACAGAAGGAUCCAUGGAUGCUGCAAAUCUGUUCAAGCCCAUGCUUGCAAGGGGUCAACUCAGGUGUAUUGGUGCAACCACUUUAGAGGAGUACAGAAAAGGGUUGAAAGAGAGAUAUGAAGGUCAUCAUGGUGUUAGAAUUCUUGAUCGUGCUUUUGUUGUUGCUGCUCAACUUUCAAGCCGAUAUAUAACUGCACGUUUCCUCCCUGAUAAGGCUAUUGACCUUGUGGACGAGGCCUGUGCAAAUGUUAGGGUGCAAUUUGAUAGUCAACCUGAAGAAAUAGACAAUCUUGAAAGGAAAAAGAUGCAAUUAAAAGUUGAGGUUCAUGCUUUGGAGAAAGAAGAAGACAAAGCAAGCAAAGCUCGUCUUGUUGAAUUGAAAAAGGAGCUCGAUGAUUUAAGAGGCAGACUUAAACCACUAAUGAAGAAAUACAAAAAGGGGGAAAAACGGAUGGAAGAAAAUCCGUAG